GUGACAGAGAGGGCCUUCUUUUUAGAUCGUGACAAUUGGGUCAUUUAGUGUCAAAAUCGUGACACCGAGGGCCAUUUCUCGCAAAAUUAUAGGUUUUGAAAUUGACGUGGUUUUGUUUCGGCCGUAGCCGGGUUGGGUUUUUGAGCUCACCAGAACGCCCACGCCUCUCACCAGCAGCCAUUUUCACCCCUCUCUUACAACAACAUAAACCCAACCCAGCCAAACCAAACAUGCUACAACAAAAGAUCUAUACUUACAUCACAUGUAUCCAUCUCUUUUCAGACAAUCUAGUACCCAAACCCCAUCUCAUCUAAAUUCACAUCUCUUCAUGUAUUUUGUUUCAUUAUACAUGACCCUUCAAUGUCCCUCCUUUAUGUGAGAGUAUUGAAAUCCAUAGCCUUCACUGUAAUCAAGCACAACAAGAAGUGUGAUAAGUCCUUAAAGGUACGAUUUUUAUUGCCCCUUUUCUAUCAUUGUCAAUGUAGUAAGGAAGCUAGCUCAUUUUCAGUGUCACCCAGUUACUUUCAGAAGCUAAUUUAUCAAGAAAUUCAGGAAAAGCCGUGGGCUUUUUCGAAUAUUUUUUGGGCUGAGUCUAGUCAGUUUGAUGAUUUGAUUAUGGACCCUGAUUUAUUUGUUAGGGUGUUGAAAUUGAUUAAGAUUAGGCCCCGGGUUGCGCUUAGGUUCUUUAGGUGGGCAGAGAGGCAGCCCGGGUUUAAGCAUUCUGAGGAAGUUUUUUGUACUAUUCUUGAGAUUCUUGUUAGGAAUGAUUUGUUGCCUUCUGCUUAUUAUGUUAUGGAGAGGGCUGUUAGUGUAAAUUUGAAUGGGAUUGGUGAUGUCUUGGUUGAUGGGUUUUUGAAUUCGAAGGUGUCCAGGGAGUUGCUUGAUCUUUUGUUAUUGAUAUAUAUUAGGAAAGCGAUGGUUGAAGAGGGUUUGUCGUUGUUCGAUAAGAUGGUGAAAAAUGGGUUUUUGCCGGAUAAGAAGAAUUGUAAUAGGCUUCUUAGGAUACUUAGGGAUAGCAGAUUGAUUUCAUUAGCAUGGCAUGUGUAUAAUUUGAUGGAAGAGUAUGGGAUUGAGCGGACUAGUUAUACGUAUAAUAUUAUGUUGGAUGCCUUUUGUAAAGAAGGUGAAGUGGAGCUAGCUUUGGACCUCUUGUCGGAUAUGCAGGUGAGAGGUUGUUAUCCAGAUGAUUAUACUUAUAAUGCAUUGGUUAAUGGAUUGUCAAAAGGAGGUGCAUUUGACGAUGCUAAGAGUAUGAUUGGGACGAUGUUGAGGACGGGUUUGAAGGUGUCAGAGUACACAUACAAUCCUCUGAUAUGGGGGUAUUGUGAGAAAGGGAUGCUGGUUGAGGCACAGGCUCUUGCGGAAGAGAUGGUAGUGAAUGGAGCUUCUCCUACUGUGGCAACUUAUAAUAUGUUCAUGUAUGCCCAUUGCAAGCAGGGAAGAAUCAGAGAUGCUAGACAACGGUUUUACAGCAUGUUGAAUGACAAUUUGACGCCUGACAUAUACUCAUAUAACAUUUUGAUCUAUGGGUACUGUCAGUUGGGGAUCUUAGAGGAAGCUUUUCUCUUGUUAAAUGACUUGAGAUGUAGGAGACUUGUUCCUACUGUCGUAACUUAUAAUACUAUUAUGCAGGGUCUCUGCAAAAUAGGCAAAUUAGAGGAUGCUAGGAAACUCAAAGAUGAGAUGAUCUGCCAUGGGAUUGCUCCUGAUGUUUUCACUUAUACUACUCUGGUGAAUGCUUCUUGGAAGAGUGGAGAUCUGCCAAUGGCUAAAGAAUAUUUUGAUGAGAUGUUGCAUGAAGGGGUGAAGCCAGAUCAGUUUGCAUAUACAUCUCGAAUAGUAGGUGAACUGAAAAUUGAUGGUAAAUACAGUGUAUUUAGUCUGCAAGAAGAAUUGCUAGAAAAGGGUUUUCCGCCAGAUUUGAUCAUUUAUAAUGUUUUUGUUGCUGGUCUCUGUAAAUUGGAAAAUUUGGAAGAAGCUAGUGAGCUCUUGCAGAAAAUGGUUGCCAAUGGGUUGACCCCCGAUACUGUGACCUACACUAGCAUCAUUCAGGCUCACUUGAAAAUCGGCCAUCUGAGCAAGGCUAAGGAAUUGUUUCAUGAAAUGGUGAGCAGAGGAUUGAAGCCCACUGUUAUCACAUACACUAUUUUAAUCUAUGAACUUGUUGGUAAAGGCAGGCUAGAUCUGGCAUUUAUGUAUUUUUCAGAUAUGCUGGAGAAGGGUAUUCUUCCAAACGUAGUAACCUACAAUGUGCUAAUAAAUGGACUUUGCAGAUUUGGAAGAAUUGAUCAGGCCUACAGAUAUUUUGCUGAGAUGAAUGAAGAAGGUGUACCUCCGAAUAAGUACACAUACACUAUUUUGAUAAGUGAGAACUGCAAUAUGGGUAAAUUAUAUGAGGCUUUACAGCUGUACGAAGAAAUGGUAGAUAAAGGGAUUCAGCCUGAUUCUUGUACGUAUAGUGCAUUGCUAAAGCAUCUGGGCAAUGAAUACAAGUGGCAUGCAGUCAGAUACCUCGAAUACAUACUUCUCAGUAACGAUGUCGAAGCUAAGGCUAAUAAAAAUGCUUGAAAUGUUGUUAAACCCUCUGCUGUUCUGGGUUUUCGAUUUUUUUGGUAGAGCAGUAUGUUAGGUAGUUGAGAAAUUUGGUCAGCCAGCGGAAAGCCAGACCUGAAGCUGCUCUUUAGAUUCCAUUCGAUAAGUCAUGGAGGCAGACUUGCUUCCUUGCUUUACGCUCAAUUUUUAAAGGAGGUAAGAACUAAUUCCAUUCACAACUAACCUCCAAGGAAUGAACUUGGAAAUUAUAGCUGUCAGGGUGGUACGAGUAAUUUCUAGUUGUGGGAAGGACACUGCUUAGGCAUAUGGGCAAUAAUCCAUGGAAGAACUGCUAAUGUCCUAGCCAUCAUCGACUUGACACAAUGACAACGAUGAUGGGGAGAGCUCUUUUGAUAUUCAUUAGAUUAGUUAUACCUGAGUCAGAUACACAAUGGAAAUAAUAUAAUGACAGAUCAGUAGCCAGAAUUUGGAUAUUUCUGGAUUUGUGGUAUUGAAUAACGGUUUGUUUCUCAGUGGUUCACUUUCUAUAAUUUGGUGAAUAUAUCAAGUCUUCAUCGGGUACUUGCCAGAGGGAUGUUCUAGUGGGGGUAAGUUGGAUCUUCCAUAUCAAUAUUCCUUCUAAAUGUGUGGUUUACGUCUGAAUCUGUUUGAUGUUUCUGAUUUCAUCCUCUACUGCUCUUUCAAUGUGCUAAGAGCAUCUCCAAACCUCUAAAGUCCUUGGCUAAAAUUGGAUAAAUGAUGCCAUAAUUAAUAAUCAUAGAGAAUAUGUAAAACAUUCUUCACUUCGACCACACAUACCCCUUGUCUAAAGAUUUAGCCAACCCCAUAUGAUGUUGGCUAUAUUUGUCGAACCUCUAGAGACUUGUAGAAAGAUUCCACAUCAUCUAUUACCAUAAUAAAAUAAUAUAUUCUAUUUAUAACAACUUGAAAUUAUAAUAACAUACUGUUUUAAAAAUAUAUUCAACCAUUAUAACUUUUAGUUUUAGAAAUUAAUUUUCUUUUUCCCCACAAUACCCUCUCCACUCAUCCCCGUCCCCCUCCCCCCUACCCCACCCAAAAGAUAAUCAAAAAACAAUUCAUGGGGUCGUUUAAAAUAUUAAAGAACGUGCAAUAUAACACACACACAUAUAUGAUCUCUUUAACUAAUGUGUUUAAAGAAGUGGCAUACCUUUUUAGGGCGUUCUGCAACUAAUCAAAUAUGAUAACUACAUAUAAAUUGGAAGCUAGUUAACAAGGCCACUUAGUUGUAACUAGUUGAGUGAGUUGCUUGAUGCGUCUUGUUUCUUAAGGUGCUUUGUUGAUAUUCUUAGAGUUGGCUUAGAUCCGGAAUCGGAAGGAAAUCAUUUAAACUGUUUGUCUUCACAUAAUGCUUUAUGCUGGCACUAUUGACAUAAUAUAUCCCAAGUGGUGUAGUACCCCGACAAGAAUGUGAUGCAUACCAGACGUCAAGACCCUAAUUCUCAAGUUAUGCAGUCAUGCAUGAUGCAAAACAUCCAGUGGCUGUUAAGUAUAAGAUGUCUGGCAUGUCAUCAUUAGCAGAGGAAAUUGGUCAGAGAUGUAUUAUCUUCUCAGGCAGCUUCAUUUGUUUUUGGAAUAUAGUAUUCUCUAUGGAUGCCUGAAUUGUUUUCAUACCUUGGGAAAGAGCUGGAGGGAGUUUGUCCUGUAAGUGUAUCCACCCGACCUGUAAAGUUAUCAGGGUAAAGUUUUAUCUUUUUAUAUGCUGUACUGCUUUGUUUCAGGAACAAACUAUUUUGUUUCUUCAUUCUCUCUUUCCCCCCCUUUUCUUCCAGGCACAUUCCAAGCUCUGGGGACUCGUUAACUUGAUGUAUAUAAUUGACUGUUUUGAAAUAUAAUAGCGAGCUGAAGAUUAUUGUAUGGAUUUCUUCUCCGCACUACAGGCAAUACCAAGGUAUCUCUUAUGGUAUCAAGUGCAUGAAAUAAGAUCAAAGUAGUGAUAUUUUUUGUUAUUUUCAUCGGGGAUUCUUUUCACAUUCUUAUGAUACAUAGGAUAAAUAGUUGAAUACUAUUCCAACAACUCAUAUAUCAGAAGCUCUCUUAUUUUCCUGGUUCUUUUGUAUUCUUCGUAUAUGAUCCUUUCAUUUAGAUGCUUCAAUUAUAUAACAAUCAUUAAACAAAUUUACUUUGUUGAUUUUCCAGAAAAAGUAUACAUUAAAUAGUCUCCUGUUGAAUUCUUUUAUAUGUAAUGUAGCUAAUCAAAUAUGUGCAACUUCUCAUGCACUAUUCUAAAAGAUUCUGUUAUUGUUAAAUAAUACUGGGAGUGUCGUUUUGUUUUGCAUAGGUAUCUUCAUUUUGGAAGUUGAAGAUGGCAUAUGUGUGUAUUCAGUGUAUUAGAUUUCUGUUUACCAAUUUUCACACAAAAAUCAAUAAUAAUACAUUACUAAUUAAAUAAUCUGAACAGGUACUUUUUGUUGAUGGAAGUAACUUGUUCAUCAAAAAAGUUUAUUUCCAUUGAACUGAAAUUAUUAUUUAGCAAACAAACUCUAUAAGAGCAUCUCCAGUAGCCUCUUUAAACAAUGUCCUAAGUUCGAAGUUAAAGAUGUCUAAAUUUCGUGCUCCAGUAGGCUCCUUAAAAAUUUAAGAGCCACUUCUCUCUCCUCUUUUUUAAAGAAUAUCUAGGUGCUCUUAACUCAUUAUUCAUGAAUAUGAGAUUCACUUCCCUCCAAUUCUAUUCGAUUUUCCUCCAAUUUUAUCUCCAACUUUUCCCUCAAAUAAGAACAAAAUAUAAACAGGAAGCAAGUAAGAAAGAGUGGUGUUGGACUUGUGACGUUAUUCAAUGUAUUAAUUUACUAGGAGCCACAUUUUAUUAUUUUGUAAAGAAUGAUUGUGGAGCCUAUUAAAGAUGCUCUAAGAAAGUACAUGCUACCUGUUACACCAGUAUAAGUUACAUGCAGUGGCACUCUGAAUUACCAUCCUGGUGCAUGUUUUGAAUAUUUCUAUUAAAUGGAAUUUUGUCAGAUCUAUAUCAUCAGGUACUGUGCUAAAAGGAUGUUCCUUCUGGAGUGAAUUGGAUCUUCGCUUUCAAUAUUCCUGCUAAAUGUGUGAAUCCUAUAUAAGUUUUCUGAUUUCUUUCCCUAUGGCUCUUUCUCAUGUGGUACCUUGAAGAAGAUUUUAGAAGCCCCUUCUCAAUUUU